AUGCUGGUAGCGGUGUUUCCACCGCGCCCCGUGUCCUGCGCCCUGAUAGUAUCCAACCACUGCAACUGGCGGCUUCAGCACGCCCGGCAACUAUUACCGUUGCGAACUUGGUGUACGCGGAGGGUCUCGUAUUCACCGCUCAUCGGCGCCUCUCACCUCGACCCACCAUCUGCCGGCCCCCGCGAGGCGAGAACUCGGGCCAACGGGCACCCACACCGCCGCCGCAGUUCUCGUUCCGUGGGCGGGGCAACGCUGAAAGCGGCGUAUCCAGCGACCUGCGCUGCCCAGCAGGCGGCGCCGGUGCACGAACCCGAGCCGGCUGCCCCGCACGACGACGUGGCGUGA